AUGAAACUUCUGCAAAAAUAUGAGCGUUCUUCGGGGCAGAUGGUAAACCUUGAUAAAUCAGAGGCAUCGUUUAGUCAAAAUGUUUGUGAAGAAGAUAAAGUUUUGAUCCGGUCAAGGAUGGGAGUAAAGACGGUCACGAGCCACUCAAAGUACCUUGGUUUGCCAGUUGUCCUAGGAAGAUCGAAGAAAGAGGUUUUUACUCUAGUUGUUGAGAGAGCGUGGAAGAAGAUCAAAGGGUGGAAAGAACAAUUUCUGUCCAGAGCAGGGAAAGAGGUCCUCAUAAAAGCGGUGGCCCCGGCGAUACCAACCUACAUUAUGGGAUGCUAUAAGCUUCCGUUAGUAAUCUCUUAG